GGUGUAACUGGUCUUCCGUAUUUCAGCUGCAAGGAGGUACCAGGCGGCGCAAUGGCUACGGCAGAUGGACUACGGUGCAUCUGGGGUGCUACCAAAAGAACCCGCCGAGGAAGAAUUCUGUUUGGCACUCCGCAAUGGCCUUGUUCUUUGCAACGUUCUCAACAAAGUCAAUCCCGGUGCUGUUUCCAAGGUGGUGGAGAAUCCAGUGCUAGAUGUACAGGCCACAGAGGGUGCAGCUCAAUCCGCUAUUCAAUAUUUCGAGAACAUGAGGAAUUUUCUUGUUGCAGUUGGCAAAAUGAAACUCCUCACUUUUGAAGCAUCUGAUCUUGAAAAGGGAGGAUCAUCAAGCAAAGUUGUGGAUUGCAUUCUUUGUUUGAAAGGAUAUCAUGAAUGGAAGCAAUCUGGAGGAAUCGGAGUGUGGAGAUAUGGCGGAACUGUUAGAAUUACAGCCUGCCCAAAGGAAUCACAAUCUUCUUUAGUCGGAAGUGAAAGUGCUGAUGAAUCACUAGACGAUUCUGAUUCAUCACAAUAUGAACAAUUAAUGGAGUUCCUCCAGAUUUCUACCGAGAUUUCACUUGAGGAAUCCAAGGCAGCCAAUGUACUCACCUUCAUUUUUGAUCAUUUUAGUCUUGGUCUUCUACAGGGUUUUCUGAGAGAAAGCAUUGAGUUUGACAACUUGCCCUUAAGUCCAAUGGUCAUUGAUGUUGUGUUCAGGAAAGUAGUUAAGGAUUUCUCAGAAUUGUUGAUUUCUCAAAGCACCCAGCUUGGAUUAUUUUUGAAGAAAAUUCUGUAUACUGACUGUGUUCAUCUGUCAAAAUCUGAACUCCUCAAAGCCAUAACAAAGUACCUUUGUAAAAGGACCAGUCUAGUAUCAAGUGAUAUUUCCAAUUUUUGCAUCUGUGGUGGAAAGGGUGAAGGAAUAUGGAAAAAGAAUGGUUCCUCUGGUGCCAGUGGUGAACUACUUGUCCUUCAACAAAAACACCUAGAG